GGCGGUUAUCUGGGUGCGGCGGUUCUUGACCCGACAUUGGGCCGCCGCGGCCAUGAUGGCUGACCAUGGUGGGCGUCGUAUUCCCAUUGUGGAUUGUCGAGCGGGUCACGUGGCCGUGACGGCUCAAGACCGGAUCGUGGUAUGGGGCGGGUACGAGUUGGACGAGCAGAAUCAGAUUAAUUACGCCCAUCGCAAAGUGGCUAUGUACACGGUGGCACUGGCUCAGUGGCGAUACCGCGUCACGCAUGGUCAGAUUCCCCCUGGGACUUGUGGGGCGGCGGCUGUGGUGGCGGGCCAUCACCUGUUCGUGUUGGCCGGAUUUCAACAAGAUUUGGUGUUAGACGAGCUGUGGAUCACGGGAAACACCAAUGCCAUUUACGCCUUGAACUUAAGCUCUUUGCUUUGGUCCCGCAUUUCGCCUAAGGGCAUCCCGCCCAUUGCCGCGGAUAAAUUAACGGCUUGGACGUUUGAUCACUUCAUCUAUGUGUUUGGUGGCUUCGGCGAGUGUCACACUCCACCGGGCGAGUCCGUGGAAAUCGUUUUAGGCGCUGAGGCCCACGUGAAUCGUGGGUGGAAUAAUCAGUUCCUACGCUACGAUGUGGCCCUCAAUCAGUGGGAGUGGCCCCAUUACCGAGGCCAUAAACCCUCACCUCGCGCUGCUCAUGCCGCCAUUGUGGUUGGGUCGUCGGCCUUCAUCUUUGGUGGCCGCUUAGAUAACACCCGCCUCAAUGACUUGUAUCACUGCGACCUGAACUCGCUCACCUGGACCUGUUUGAUGACCGCCUCCGAGAACUUCGAUCCCACUCGACCCCAAGGGCGAUCUUGGCAUUCACUCACGGUGGUUUCGGCGACCUCGGCCAUCCUUUACGGUGGAUACGACAAUCGUAACACUCCCUUGAGCGAUUGUUGGCGUCUGGACUUGUCAGAACCUAAAUCUCUUCAAACUAGCCGACCGCGGUGGACUCGGUUGGCGUUUGCCGACCGUCAGCCCCGGUUAUGGCAUCAAGCUGUCCUUGAACCCGAAUCCCGUCAACUUUGGCUUUUAGGAGGCGUAGUCAAAGAUAUCCUCAACCAACACGAACUGAACCAGCACCCGGACAAAAUCGACAAAUUAGUCAUCGAAGCAUCACCAUUGAAAUAUUUAGCCGCUGUAACCUGCGCCAAGCACUACGAGCGUCUUAAAAGAGAUUUGGAGUUCAUUCCAAAAUCACUGCAAGCCUCAGUUAAAAGCAAAGCAGCCAUUGAUGUGUCACAUCUUGAAUUUUGAUUAAAAUGUGAAUGAGUCUGUUCAAGCUUUUUCCAGUUAGAAACUGACCCGGAUUACAUUUGUAUCCUACUUAAUCUUCUAACUCAACUAACCCAACAAACCCAACUAACAACGGAUGAAUAAUUUAUUUUCAG